GGAGCGAGCGAGUGCCCUGGGUGAAUCAAUGGAAACCCCCUCACGAAGCCGGGAAAACACUUCAGCCGCAGCCAAAUAGCAUUGAUUAUUUUCCUUCACUUCCCUCACCGCCUUGAAUUUAUUUAUUUAUUUUUUCCAUCUCCUUCCCUGACGCCCCGGAGCGAGCGCUGGAGGGAGGGAGGAGGAGGGGGAAAAAAAGGAAUCAACACAUCGGAGAAGUCCCUUCCAAGAGCCGCCCCCUCCCCUCCCCGCCUCGCGCUGCUCGGCGGCCGCGGUUCGACUCCCGUCCCUGCUUCCAGCUGAGGUGGUACUGGCCGUCACGCUGAAAUGAACCCCCAGCACUCCUCCGUCUACCAUGGCCACCCUUAACUUAGCCUCCACCGCUGGCGACACCCUCUCCCCUGGGCACAAUGCCCCGUCCCCGCCUCCUGAUACCUCCUCCUCCAGCACCCCCUCUGAUCCUGUCACCAAAGAUCCCCCUGCUGCCCCCUCCCCUUCUGAGAGCAUGAGGCCCUCAGAGCCAGGGGGACAGCCCCUGGAGUCGGGCUGUGGCCUUGUCCCACCAAAGGAGAUUGGGGAGCCCCAAGAAGGGCCUAGUUGUGGUCGCUUCCCACCAAAGGACCUGGGGGUAGAGAAGGACAAGGAGCAGGAGGAGGAAGGACUCCCUCCCGUGGACCUAAGCAACCACCUAUUCUUCACAGCUGGCGGUGAGGUCUACCUAGUGGCCAAGCUGUCUCUGCCAGGUGGCAGUGAACUCCUGCUACCAAAGGGCUUCCCGUGGGGCAAGGCAGGCAUCAAGGAAGAGCCCAGCCUGCCCCUCCUUACCCACCCACCCCCAACACACCUCACUGCCCUUCAUAUCCAACAUGGCUUUGACCUAAUCCAAGGCUUUAGCUCUUCUGACCAAAUUCUGUCCCACGAUACCUCAGCGCCAUCUCCGGCUGCCUGUGAGGGAAGGGAUGGAGCCUUCUGGAGCUACCAGCUGGCUGCAAACCCACCCAGAGAUCCCAAAGAUGGCCCCAUGGGGAACAGUGGGGGAGACCACAUGGCACUCUUCUGGCUCUGUCUUCUGUGCCGCCUGGGUUUUAGCAGGCCCCAGGCCUUUAUGGGUCACACACAGUCUCAUGGGGUGAAACUAACCCCUGCCCAACACCAGGGCCUGCCAGGCAGCCCAGCCGUGCUCCAGGAAGGGGAUGAGGGCUGCAUGGCCCUCAUAAGCUUUCUGGAACCAAAACACCCUGCUCACCACCCUUUUGAAAUAUCCCUUGACAAUGGUAGCACACUGACCACAGAGGCGAAUGUAGCCCAGACGGAGGAUGGCCCCCCUGAGGCAGAAGUCCACACCCUUGUCCUUCCUGCUGAAGAAGUCAUGGCCCUCAACCCAUUCUCCCCAUCCACCACCCCAACCACUUGGGACCCCAGCCCAACCCAAGCCAAAGAAUCACCAGUAGCAGCAGGUGAGGCAGGGCCAGAUUGGUUCCCCGAAGGGCAAGAAGAGUAUGGAGGGCUCUGCCCCCCACUCAACCAAAGCUCACCCACCUCCAAGGAAGGGGGCAGUCUCCCCACCCCAGCGGGCUCCCCUGAAGACCCUAAUGACCCACCCCAGCCCUAUCGCCUGGCUGAUGACUACACCUCAGCCCCUACAGCCUUCCAAGGGCUUAGCCUGUCCAGCCACAUGUCCCUGCUACAUUCUCGCAACUCUUGCAAGACGCUCAAGUGUCCCAAGUGCAACUGGCACUACAAGUACCAGCAGACCUUAGAUGUGCACAUGCGAGAGAAACACCCUGAGAGCAAUAGUCACUGCAGCUACUGUAGUGCUGGGGGGGCCCACCCCCGCCUCGCUCGUGGAGAAAGCUACAACUGUGGCUACAAGCCCUACCGCUGCGACGUCUGCAACUACUCCACCACCACCAAGGGAAACCUCAGCAUCCACAUGCAGUCCGAUAAGCACCUGGCCAACCUGCAGGGCUUCCAGGCAGGCCCCGGUGGGCAGGGAAGUCCCCCAGAGGCAUCACUCCCGCCCUCCGCAGGGGACAAAGAGCCCAAGACCAAAUCAUCCUGGCAGUGCAAGGUGUGCAGCUAUGAGACAAACAUCUCCCGCAACCUACGCAUCCAUAUGACCUCUGAGAAGCACAUGCAGAAUGUCCUAAUGCUGCAUCAGGGGCUGCCACUGGGCCUGCCACCUGGGCUGGUGGGGCCAGGCCCUCCUCCACCACCAGGGACUGCCCCCACCAACCCCCCUGAACUCUUCCAGUACUUUGGUCCUCAGGCCCUAGGGCAGCCUCAGACUCCCUUGUCUGGCUCCGGGCUGAGGCCAGACAAGCCUUUGGAAGCCCAGCUGCUUCUCAAUGGUUUCCACCACCUUGGAGCACCUGCCCGCAAAUUCCCCACACCUGCCCCUGGCAGCCUCUCCUCUGAUGCCCACCUGCCUCCAAGUCAGCUCCUGGGCUCCUCAUCUGAUGGCAUGCCCACCUCACCACCCCCAGAUGACAGCCCAUCCCUGAGGGUAUUCCGCUGCCUAGUGUGCCAGGCCUUCAGCACAGACAGCCUGGAGCUACUGCUGUACCACUGCAGUGUAGGCCGAAGCCUCCCGGAAGCUGAAUGGAAGGAGGUGGCCGGUGACACCCACCGCUGCAAGCUCUGCUGCUACGGCACCCAGCUCAAGGCCAACUUCCAACUCCACCUCAAGACUGAUAAACAUGCUCAGAAGUACCAGCUGGCAGCCCACCUGCGAGAGGGUGGUGGGGCCAUGGGCACCCCGUCCCCGGUGCCCCUGGGAGAUGGGGCCCCUUAUGGGUCUGCCUCCCCACUGCACCUGCGCUGCAACAUCUGUGACUUUGAGUCCAACAGCAAGGAGAAGAUGCAGCUGCAUGCAAGGGGUGCAGCCCAUGAAGAAAACAGCCAGAUCUAUAAGUUUCUGCUGGAAAUGGAGGGAGCAGAGGCAGGGGCAGAGCUGGGGCUGUACCACUGCCUGCUGUGUGCUUGGGAGACACCCUCCCGCUUGGCUGUGCUGCAACACCUGCGCACACCUGCCCACCGCGAUGCCCAGGCCCAGAGGCGUCUGCAGCUGCUACAGAAUGGCCCAGCAGCUGAGGAAGGACUCUCAGCUCUCCAGAACAUCCUGAGCUUCAGCCAUGGGCAGCUCCGGACUCCCGGGAAGGCUCCCGUCACCCCCUUAGCCGAGCCACCCAACCCUGAGAAAGAAGUCCAGAACAAGACAGAACAGUUGGCUUCUGAAGAGGCAGAGAACAAGACCAGCCACUCCAGAGACAGUGCCAACCAGACCACGGUAUACUGCUGUCCAUACUGCAGCUUCCUGAGCCCGGAAUCUGACCAGGUGAGGGCUCAUACACUCUCCCAGCAUGCAGUGCAGCCCAAGUACAGGUGCCCACUGUGCCAGGAGCAGCUGGUGGGCCGGCCUGCCCUGCACUUCCACCUUAGCCACCUUCACAAUGUGGUGCCUGAGUGCGUUGAGAAGCUGCUGCUUGUGGCCACAACUGUAGAGAUGACCUUUACGACCAAAGUGCUGCCUGGACCCACACUUAGCCCUCUGGAAGAUGGCCCAGAAGCCCCCACUCCUGGGCCAGAGCCUAUACCCAGCAGAGACCAGGUAUCAGAAGGCCCUAACCUGACUCCAGAGGCCAGUCCAGAUCCUCUUCCUGAGCCUCCCCUGGCCUCAGCAGAGGCCCCAGACAAGCCCUCAGGAAGCCCUGGUCAACCCCCUUCUCCAGCCCCAUCUCCAGUCCCUCAGCCUGAUGCCCAAGCUGAAGAGGUGGCUCCUCCACCCACCAUGGCUGAGGAGGAAGAGGGGACUGCUGGGGAGCCCCGCUCUGCCGAGCCAGCUCCAGCUGACUCUCGCCACCCUCUGACCUAUCGAAAGACCACCAACUUUGCCCUGGACAAGUUUCUCGACCCUGCCCGGCCUUAUAAGUGCACUGUGUGUAAGGAGUCCUUCACCCAGAAGAAUAUCCUCUUGGUUCAUUAUAAUUCUGUCUCCCACCUUCAUAAGAUGAAGAAGGCUGCCAUUGACCCCUCUGCCCCUGCCCGAGGGGAGGCUGGUGCCCCGCCUACCACCACUGCUGCCACUGACAAGCCCUUUAAGUGCACGGUCUGCCGAGUCUCCUACAACCAGAGCUCCACCCUGGAGAUCCACAUGCGCUCGGUUCUACAUCAGACUCGCUCUCGAGGGACCAAGACUGAUGCCAAGAUUGAGGGGCCAGAGCGCAGCCAAGAAGAGCCCAAGGAAGGCGAGACUGAGGGGGAGGUGGGUGCUGAGAAGAAGGGCCCCGACCCCAGUGGCUUCAUAUCUGGAUUGCCCUUCCUGUCCCCUCCGCCCCCUCCCUUGGACCUGCACCGGUUCCCGGCCCCCCUCUUCACCCCACCAGUCCUGCCUCCCUUCCCUCUGGUGCCCGAAUCACUGCUUAAGCUCCAGCAGCAGCAGCUGCUUCUGCCCUUCUACCUCCAUGACCUCAAGGUGGGGCCCAAGCUGGCGCUGGCUGGGCCUGCACCCAUGCUGUCGCUGCCGGCUGCCACCCCUCCUCCCCCGCCCCCACCCCCCAAGGCUGAGCUGGCUGAGCAGGAGUGGGAGCAGCCCCCCAUGGCCAAAGAGGGGAAUGAGGCAGGGCCCUCCUCACCCCCCCACCCAUUGCCCAAUGAGGCUGCCCGCACUGCAGCCAAAGCCCUUCUAGAAAACUUUGGCUUUGAGCUGGUGAUCCAGUACAAUGAAGGGAAGCAGGCUGUGCCUCCUCCCCCAACCCCACCCCCACCCGAGGCCCUGGGAGGUGGGGACAAGCUGGCCUGUGGGGCCUGUGGAAAACUCUUCUCCAAUAUGCUUAUCCUCAAGACACACGAGGAGCACGUCCACCGCCGCUUUCUGCCCUUUGAGGCCCUGAGCCGUUACGCUGCUCAGUUUCGUAAAAGCUAUGAUAGCUUGUACCCACCCCCUGCAGAGCCCCCCAAACCUCCUGAUGGGUCUGUGGAUUCAUCUGCUCCUCAGCUGGGUCCACCCUUCCUGGUCCCAGAGCCUGAGGCAGGGGGGACCCGUGCUCCUGACGAACGAAGCCGGGCAGGAGGACGCUGGCCAGCAGAGGAGGAAGAAGGCUCCAGAGGGAAUCUUCCUCCCCUAGUGCCUGCAGGCCGACGGUUCUCCAGAACCAAGUUCACAGAGUUCCAGACCCAAGCCCUGCAGUCUUUCUUUGAGACCAGUGCCUACCCCAAGGACGGGGAGGUGGAGCGGCUCGCAAGUCUCUUGGGUCUGGCUAGCCGUGUGGUGGUAGUGUGGUUCCAGAACGCCCGCCAGAAAGCGCGCAAAAAUGCCUGUGAUGGUGGCCCUGUGCCCAUAGUAGGCAGUACUGGGGGAGCCUCAGGCUGCAGGCGUUGCCACGCCACUUUCUCCUGUGUUUUUGAGUUGGUGCGGCACCUCAAGAAAUGCUAUGAUGACCAGACCCCUGAAGAGGAGGAGGAAGAGGCAGAGAGAGGGGAAGAGGAGGAAGAGGUAGAGGAAGAAGUAGAGGAGGAACAGGGCCUCGAACCCCCAGCAGGGCCUGAGGGUCCAUCACCAGAACCUCUAGAUGGGGAGGAGCUAAGCCAAGCAGAGGCAACGAAGCCAGGAGGCAAAGAGCCUGAAGAGAAGCCUCCUCCCUCACCUCCUCCAGCCCACACCUGUGACCAGUGUGCCAUCUCUUUCCCCAGCCAAGACCUCCUGACCAAUCACCGCCGACUACAUUUCCUGCCAUCUGUGCAGCCCAGCGCUCCCCCCCAACUCCUAGAUCUGCCCUUGCUGGUGUUUGGGGAGCGAAAUCCCCUGGUGGCAGGCACCCUACCAGUGCCAGGGCCACCUCUCAAACGGAAGCAUGAGGAUGGCAGCUUGUCCCCCACAGGCAGUGAAGCAGGGGGAGGAGGGGAGGGCGAGCCCCCCAGGGACAAGCGACUGCGCACCACCAUCCUGCCCGAGCAGCUAGAGAUCCUAUACCGUUGGUACAUGCAGGACUCCAACCCAACACGCAAGAUGCUCGACUGCAUCUCUGAGGAGGUGGGGCUCAAAAAGCGAGUGGUACAGGUCUGGUUCCAGAACACCAGGGCCCGGGAGAGGAAAGGCCAGUUUCGAAGCACCCCCGGGGGGGUGUCCAGUCCGGCAGUCAAACCCCCUGUCACACCCACCCCUGCAUCCUUCCCCAAGUUCAACCUCUUAUUGGGCAAGGUAGAUGAUGGGAUGGGGAGGGAGGCCCUAAAGAGGGAAGCACCUGCAUUUCCCUACCCCACAGUCACCUCUGCUGCUGGGCCCCUGCCUUUCCUACCACCUGGGAAAGAGGCCACCACCCCAACACCAGAGCCACCUCUACCUCUCCUACCUCCCCCUCCACCCAGUGAGGACGAGGGCCCAGAGGAACCAUCUAAAGCUUCUCCAGAGAGUGAGGCUUGCAGUCCGUCUGCAGGAGAUCUGAGUGAUUCAUCUGCUUCCAGCCUAGCGGAACCAGAAUCCCCUGGGGCUGGAGGAACCAGUGGGGGACCAGGAGGUGGGACUGGGGUUCCAGAUGGAAUGGGGCAGCGGCGCUACAGGACCCAGAUGAGCAGCCUGCAGCUGAAGAUCAUGAAAGCCUGCUAUGAAGCCUACCGCACCCCCACCAUGCAGGAGUGUGAGGUGCUGGGGGAGGAGAUUGGGUUGCCCAAGAGGGUCAUCCAGGUCUGGUUCCAGAAUGCUCGUGCCAAGGAAAAGAAGGCCAAACUGCAGGGGGCAGCUGUUGGGGGAACUGGGGGCAGCAGUGAGGGCCCCUUGGCAGCCCAGCGCACCGACUGCCCCUAUUGUGAUGUCAAGUAUGAUUUCUAUGUCUCCUGCCGAGGCCAUCUCUUUUCCCGCCAGCACCUGGCCAAGCUCAAGGAGGCGGUCCGGGCCCAGCUGAAGAGUGAAAACAAGUGCUACGACUUGGCUCCAGCACCUGAGGCACCCCCGGCUCCCAAGGCCCCACCUGCGACUACACCUGCCUCUGUGCCCCUCGGGUCUGCCCCAGCCCUGCCUCGCCUGGCCCCAGUCCUCUUGUCUGGCCCAGCUCUGGCCCAGCCCCCACUGAGCAGCUUAGCUCCUUUCAAUUCUGGCCCUGCAGCCUCCUCAGGCCUCCUUGGCCUUGCCACUUCGGUCCUGCCUACUACCACGGUGGUCCAGACUGCUGGCCCAGGCCGCCCCUUACCUCAGAGACCUGUGCCCGACCAAACCAACACCUCCACUGCAGGCACCAAUGACCCUGUCCUGGGCACCCCUACUGAGCCCUCAGGAGACACGGUCUCUGGUGAGCGAAAGCCAGUUGCAGCCCCCACCAACUCCUCCAGUGAUGCCCUCAAGAACCUCAAAGCAUUGAAGGCCACUGUCCCAGCCCUGUUGGGGGGCCAAUUCCUACCCUUCCCAUUGCCCCCUGCAGGGGGGGCAGCACCGCCAGCUGUCUUUGGCCCCCAGUUACAGGGGGCCUACUUCCAACAGCUCUAUGGCAUGAAGAAGGGGCUCUUUCCCAUGAACCCUGUGAUACCUCAGACCCUCAUUGGGCUGCUCCCCAAUGCCCUCCUCCAGCCACCACCCCAGCCCCCUGAACCCACAGCCACAGCGCCUCCAAAGCCUCCUGAAUUGCCUGCUCCAGGGGAGGGGGAGGCUGGUGAGGCCGAUGAGCUGCUGACAGGCAGCACUGGCAUCUCCACCGUGGAUGUGACCCACCGCUACCUGUGCCGCCAGUGCAAGAUGGCAUUUGAUGGGGAGGCCCCGGCUACUGCCCACCAGAGAUCCUUCUGCUUCUUUGGGCGGGGCUCUGGGGGCUCCAUUCCCCCUCCACUGCGGGUGCCCAUCUGCACCUACCACUGCCUGGCAUGUGAGGUGCUGCUGAGUGGGCGUGAAGCCCUGGCCUCCCACCUGCGCUCCUCGGCCCACAGGCGCAAGGCAGCCCCGCCCCCAGGGGGCCCACCCAUCACCGUCACCAACACUGCCACUGCUGCCACGGCUGCUGUGGCUUUUGCCAAAGAGGAAGCAAGAUUACCUCACACGGACACCAACCCAAAAACUACUACUACCUCUACACUUCUAGCUUUAUAAACAGAUAAACCAAGAUGGGGAGAGGGGAGGGCCUUAGGGCUCCCUCUUUUACCCCAAGGGGUAUUUGGUGGGAGCUCAAAUCCCUCACCCCAACCCUCAGCUCUGCCCACCUCCUGGGAAUCUUUCGGUUCCCACCCUCAGUGGGCUUCACACACCCCACCUCCAGCAGAGUCCUGCCUCCUCCCCCACCCCUACAGACACACUCUGAUCCUCAUCCUCAACCCCUUGCAGAUGUAGCCCUUGCCCCUAUGUCUUCACAGACACACACGCCCAUCUUGGCAUCCUGAUUAUUCACACGUCUGCGCGCUGCACACAAAAUCUAUCCUUGGCUCUACCUGCAUUUUCCUCACUGAAUUCCACCCCCCGCCAAUAAAUACACAUACACAUGCACACACACACACACACGUUAUCCCAUGAUGUUCCACUGACUGAGAAAACACCAAAAAAAAAAAGAAGAAGAAGAAAGGAAAAAGAAAACCCAAGGCAAAGAUGGGGGAAGAAAAAUAAACUGCCACUCCCCCUUGUGCUACCCCCUGUAUAGAGCGCCAUGCCGCUCACAAACUCUUUCCAAAUACCCAGCUGGCUCCCAAGGUUGGAGCCCAGGUGGACAGGGAGCCCACAAAACUCUAACCAAACUGGAGGUUGGCAGGGGAGAAGUGCUCCCAGCUCACUCUCCCCACUCUCCCUCCUAACCCUCUCCUCGCCUGAAGGGGGAGCCCCUGCGGCCUGGACUCUGGGGGAAGCCGCCGCCAGGAACCCCUCUGCCAACCCCUGCCCUGCACCCUGGGAACUGCAGUAACUUAUUCUCAAAGGCUUUAAACACAGAGAUCCUCUCAGCAGCCGUGGGCCCGCCCCUUGUCCUAGCCAGGCCACGUGGGGGUCCAGCCUCCAGGGACCGGCGCUGCCCACCAACGGCAAAUCCAAAGUUCUUUUAAAAAAACUGAAACACACACACAACCAAAAAAAAAACGAGAGCGAGAGAGCGCAUGUGCACAUGCGCAUGAAAGAGAGAAUUGGAGAGACCAGAGGAAUGAACUAAAGAAAAACAUAAACUUGGAAAAUACAGGAAAAAAAAAAAAAAAAAGAAAACUCUCCCAU